AUGGAAAUGCAAGGUAUCAUUGCCAUGAUGAAUGAGAUUCAGCUUGCCCUUCAGGAAGCUAAUCUCAAAUACGAUAUUGAUCUACCCAGGAUCGCUGUUAUUGGAGCCCAGUCUAGUGGCAAGUCUUCAGUUCUGGAAUCAAUAGUUGGAGAAGACUUUUUACCUCGAGGAGUUGGGAUCGUUACAAGAUGACCACUGAUCCUACAACUAAUUCACAGAGAAGGCGAUACUUAUGCUAAAUUCGACCAUGUGCCAGGAAAAUAAGUUUGAGGAUUUUGAAGAGGUUAGGAAGGAAAUAGAGUUUAGAACUGAUGAACUUGCCGGUUCCGAUAAAAAGAUCGUAAAUAAGCCGAUCUUUCUAACAAUCUUUAAUGAGACAGUACCUAACCUCACUCUUAUUGAUCUUCCAGGUUUUACCCGCCUUGAUCUUGACGACCAGACGAUUGGAAUAAGCCAAGAAAUAGAGAAUCUUGUACUGGAGUAUAUCAGGAAAGAAAACACUAUUAUAUUGGCAAUAUCUCCUGCCAAUAAUGAUAUUGCAAAUUCUGAUGGUCUUCUAUAUGCCAAAAAAGUAGACCCUAAUAGAGAUAGAACCUUUGGUGUCAUGACCAAGAUUGAUAUUAUGGAUAAAGGCACAAAUGCUUUGGAUUUCAUUAAUGGAACAAAAUAUAAGCUGAAGCAUGGGUUUAUUGGAGUGAAGUGCAGAUCUCAAGAAGAUAAUAAUAAAGGAAAGACAAUAAUGGAAUCGCUACAAGAUGAAGUUGACUUCUUCAGAAAGCACCCAGCUUAUAAGCAUAUUGCUCAUACUCAAGGCACUCCAGCACUUGCUCAGAAGCUAAGUAAGUUACUUAGCAAUCACAUUAAAAAGCAUCUGCCUUCUAUUCAAGAAAAGAUCAGUCAAAACUUCAUGGAAUGAGAGAAAACUCUUCAAAGUUUGGGAGCUGGAUUUGAGCUAAAUGAUGAGCAAGAUGUGGUAACUUUUAUCUCAAACAUUAUUGACGAAUACUGAAUUGAGUUCAAACGUGUUAUUGAGCACAGCAAGAUUAUUCAUGUUGAUGGAAGAAAGCUUUUUGAUGGAGGAGCUUUUAUCUAUGAAAUAUUCCAAACUUAUAUGAAAGACAAAAUAGGAAAAAUUGAUCCCCUCCAUAAACUAAGCGAAUCUGAUAUUCUUAGAGAAAUCAGAAUUGUGAAUGGAAUAGAGUCUGGUCUAUUUGUUCCAAGAGAGGCUUGUAAGAACUUGAUUAUCAGGAACAUUAAGAAAUUUAAAAGACCAAGUCUUGAAUGUGCUGAAUACGUUCAUCAAAUUCUUGAAGGCUCUAUUUCCCUGAUCGAUACAAAUCAAUUAGGAUCUAGAAGAGGCUUGAUAUACUUUCUCAAUAUGAAUACAGAAAAAAUUCUUGAGAAGUCUCUCAGAAAUCUUAAGAAACAUAUAACUGAGGUAAUAGAAUCAGAAGAGAGUUAUAUUAAUUAUGACGAUCCUGAUUUUAGACUAAUAGAACCCUAUCUCUUUGGUGAGUUACACCUAGAUGAUAACAUAUUGAAAUAA